CUCCAUCGACAGGAACCACACGCCUACACUGAACCACUCCAACAGGAACACGCGAGCCAUGCGCCCAUGCCGGACGCCUCUCCUCGACUCCACCUCGCCGCUGUCCGUGCUCCUACUCGACCACCUCCACCGCAAUCGCCCCUCCCCUCCCCCCUCAGCCUCGCCGCCGUCAGCCAUCUGGUCUCCCAUCGCCGCAUUCGCCGCUGCCACGAAGCGCGCCCGAGCCGGGACGCUCAGCCCUGAGGACGCACACCACCUGUUCGACGAAUUGCUACGCCAGUCCAUCCCGGUCCCCAACCGCUUCCUGAACGGCUUCCUUGCCGCCCUCGCCCGUGCCCCAGUCUCCGAAGCCUGCGGAGAUGGCCCCGCCCUCACCGUCGCCCUCUUCAACCGCCUCUGCCGAGAAGAAGCCGGCCCUUGUGUAGAGCCGCCCACUUACUAUACCUACAGCAUUCUAAUGGACAGCUGCUGCCGCGUGGGUCGCCCCGACCUUGGGCUUGCUUUCUUCGGCCGCCUACUCAAGUCAGGCCUCAAGGCAGACCAGAUCACCGCCAGCAGCCUCCUCAUGUGCCUCUGCGAUGCAGGACGGACAAACGAGGCUGUGGACGUGCUGCUUCAUAGGAUCUCCGAGCUCGGCUGUGAGCCUAAUGUCAUCCCAUACAACAUAGUUCUUAAGAGCUUAUGUGACAGUAGCAGGAGCCAGCGAGCUCUUGACCUGCUCCAGAUGAUGGCACAAAGAGCUUGCUGCUCCCCUAAUGUGGUGUCAUAUAACACCGUCAUUCAGGGCUUAUUUAAGGAAGGCCAAGUAAGCAUGGCGCGCACAUUCUUCUUCUAUGAAAUGAUGGGGUUAUGCCUAAUGUGGUGACAUAUAGCUUGAUGGUUGGUGGGUUGUGCAAGGUCGGGGCAAGGGACAAGGCAAAGCUGGUCCUUCGGCAUAUGGUUGGUAAUAGUGUUCGACCAGAUAUGUAUACUUGGAACUCAUUCAUGGGAUCUCUUCGCAAGCAGGGAAGAAGCAAGGAAGCUACACAACUUUUUGAUUACAUGGCCGCCAAGGGCCACAAACCUGAUGUUGUCAUGUACUCUACUCUGCUUCAUGGGUAUGCUACUGAAGGAUGCUUCACUGAUAUGAUUAAUCGCUUUAAUUCAAUGGAAGGCAACGGUAUUGUAGCUAACAGCCGUGUUUUUAACAUACUAAUCGACGCAUAUGCUAAACGUGGAAUGAUGCAUGAAGCUAUGCUCAUAUUUACUGAAAUGCGGGAACAAAGAGUGAGUCCUGAUACAUUCACCUAUGGAAUUAUAAUAGCUGCACUUUGCAGAAUGGGUAGGCUAUCUGAUGCUAUGGAGAAAUUAAAUGAAAUGGUUGCUACAGGAUUACAGCCGGACGAGGCUGUUUACUAUUCCCUAAUUCAGGGUUUUUGUACACAUGAUGAUUUGGUCAAAGCUAAGGAGUUGGUUUCUGAGAUGAUGACCAAAGGUAUUCCUCGUCCUAACAUUGUGUUCUUCAACUCGGUAAUAGCCAGGCUGUGCAAAGAAGGAAGGGUUAAGGAUGCACACGGUAUCUUUGACUUGGCUAUGAACAUUGGUGAGAGGCCCAACGUUAUUACAUUUAAUUCACUGAUUCACGGCUAUAGCUUGGUUGGCAAGAUGGCGAAAGCUUUCGGGGUACUUGAUGACAUGGAAUCAGUUGGCAUUGAGCCCGAUGUUGUUACUUAUACUACACUUCGUCAUGGCUAUUCUAGAAAUAGAAGGUGAUUGUUCAGAGAAUUGAUGCUUGACAGAAUUUAACCUACAGCUGUCACAUAUGGCAUCAUACUGCAUGGGUUGUUUGAUGCUGGAAGAACUGCUUCUGCGAAGAAAAUGUUCCAUGAGAUGAUCGGAAGUGGAACCAUGGUGCAUUGAAUGUGAAGUUCGAUAUUGCAAUAUUCAAUACCAUGAUGAAUUCAAUGCACAUGGUUAGGAGAAGAAAGAAGCUAACAAUCUGGUUGCUGCAAUAUCAGCCAAUGGGUUGGUACCUAAUGCUUCUACUUAUGGAGUUAUAAUAAGACAUGUUCUAAAAGAAGGAUUAGUGGAUGAAGCUGACAAUAUGUUUUCAUCAAUGGACAAUACUAGUAGUUGUGCUCCUAGCUCUCAUUUGUUAAAUGAUAUCUCAUUAUUUUAUCGGAAAAAGGUGAGAUAACCAAGGCUGGAAAAUAUGUCUAAAGAUGAUGGGAAGAUUAUCUCACUUGAAGCUUCAACUACUUUGCUGCUGCUGUAUGUCUUUUCAAGAGAAGGAUGAGCAGAAAAGAUUUUCAUCAUAUUUGCUCUAUGACUGGAUGCAUCUGAAAGGAAAUAGUGGACGUAGGCCUGCACAGUUCCUUCCGAUGUUUGAAUACUCCUUCAACUAAUGUAUAUCACUUCCUGAAUAGAUGAUGCGCCCUGAUAAAAGAUCUUAUGUUCCUUGCUCAUAAAUUGGUGACCCGUGGUUUGGGAGGAAUGGAGGUCCACACUGAUGCUGCCUCAGUUUGUUCUGCUUUGUACUCCCUCCGUUUCUGAAUAUAAGCAUUUUUAAAGAUUCCAAUACGAACUACAUACGGAUGCAUAUAGACAUAUUUUAAAGUCUAGAUUCACACAUUUUGCUCCGUAUGUGGUCUAUAUUGGAAUCUCUAAAAAUACUUAUAUUUAGGAGUGGAGGGAGUACAAUGCUUGCAAUUGAAAUGUUGAACAUUGUAGAAACAUGUUAACAUGUUAUGAAGACUUGACCUGUGCAGACCUAAAAUUGCUAUACUAAUAUACUGUUUGUAUAACAGGAAUAGAGCACAAAUUGAACUGGCCAGUACAUAGGUGAUGAUAGAUCGCUGAUGGCAAUGCAAUGCACUUUAUUGCUGGUCAUACACUCCUUUUUCUCAUUUGUUGGUUUGAGAUGAUUUUGAUAUUAUUUGGUUCAAAUAUGUAUCAAAUUGUGGAGCAGUUGCCAUGUGGCUGGUCUAUUUUACAUCAUCCGUUGGAGCGGCUACCCUAUUUUAUAUCAUUUGUUGGAGUUG